AUGCCCGAAGAGAAAGCACCCACUGUACUAAACCCCCCCGAAAGUACCACUACGCUUCCACCUACCAUAGAGAAGCCCGACACAAAACCAGAGCCCAAUAAGCCAGCUGAACCAGCACCUGCACCCAGCACCAACCAGCCUAAGCCAGUUCCAGUUGCCCAUCUUACUAAGACUCUUUCCCAAAAGGAAGGUAUGAAGCGCAAGAAGGUCAAACUAGGUGAAAAAGACUACUACGUAGUUACUCUAGAAGAAGUCGAAAGAUACAAAGACCUCCAGCCCAAAUACAAAUCCGAUGCCAUGUCUGCCUACAUCCUCUAUAUGCAUACUGAGUUCAUCGAUGACCUUCUACGUCUACGCAAUCCCAGUAAGCUCAAAUCUCUAGCCCAUGGUGUCGGCAUCUUCAUCGUUGUCCUAGUUAUUUUAGGCAUCCUCGGCUUGAUCGCAUAUGCCCUUCUCUCCGGAUACUUUAGCAAAUAA